AUGGUCCCUGCGACAGAGGCUGAUGGAGCUUCGGUUGAGGCUGACGACACUAGGGCAAACACUCCUACAGACACAGGUGCACAUGCUGUUGAGGAUGAGCCUGAGGGAUUUUCGGGUGGUUCGAGGGACCCAUCCGUGCUGACCAAGUAUGCGGAUCACGUUGCAGGCAACGUAUGGACGAGAGAGGAGCAUCCUAAGUUGAAGUUAUCCUCUCACGGGAGGAAGGUGCAUAGUUUAGGUAGGCCUGUUCCUGCCAUUGAGGGGCUAGUUGCUGGGACAGGACUAAGUUCUCUAAUCGCGUGUUCGAUAGACACUGGCGAUCGGGGACUUUUGUCGUCGUUUCCCGUGCACGUGGAUGAUGCUGUACAGAUGCUGCUGGAGUUAUUGAUGGCAGGACAUUGGACAACUCUGGCUCGCGCGUUUCUUCUUCAUCUUCUGGAUUGCACUCUUUUCGCUAACAAGAGUGCAACCAAUGUUCAUGUUGUGUUUUUGGAGGCCCUUCAUGACCUCAGUCAGACUGGGAGGUAUGCAUGGGGAGUAGCUGCGCUGUGCUGGAUAUACGAGCAUUUUCCCUCAGUCGCAGAGUCCACUGCUGAUCCAGAAUACGAUGAGGAUUCACUGCGUGCCUGUAGGUGGAUUGCAACGAAGAAGACCGUGAAGAGCAUACGUACAUUGACAUACAGGGAGCGCCUGGACCGACUCCGGAUUUCGGAUGUCUAUUGGAUCCCAUAUGGGGAGCACCGACCGGUCUGGGAAUUUCAUAUGAUUUCAUGCUAUUCCGGUUUGCUGCGCUAG